AUGGGUUUCCAAGAGCGUGGCCAUGUGUUUGCCCCACCAGCGAUGAGCCUACCAGGACGUCGAGGACUCCUAGAUGGAAGACAUAAUAGUGUCCUACUACAAUUCUUCGCAAUUGUAGGCAUUGUGUACACAUCAUCAUGUCUUUGGAAAACCAAUUGGAAAAUAUCACCUCAGCUCAAACGACUCUCAAAUCCAAACUCGCAAGACAUCGACCCAGACACCGACUACCCGCCGAGGCCAGCAGAAGAGCAAUGGGAUAUUUCCACCUCUUACCCCUACCCGAAGAAGCUUGUCAAGACUGUAUCGGAGGGAACAUGGCUCCGCAUCACCACACACCCAAGCAAGCCAGAGAUUGUCUUCGACAUGCUGGGGGAUCUCUAUUGCAUGUCAACUGAAGGGAACGCAGACGAGGUCGCGAUUCCACUACUUUCGGAGGCCGAGUUCUCAAGAGAUGGUACUCGCCUGGUGUUGAUCUCAGAUGCUGGCUUUGGUGUCGACAAUGUCUGGACAAUGCCAUACACAGGCUGCGAGGAUAUGGGGAGACGUUCGAUGGAACAAAGACGCAAGUCUACAGUACAGCAGACCAACUCGACCUUCAGAUUCUUUUCCAGUCCUGCGUUUCACCCAACAGAUGCUAAAAUAGUCGCUACAAAAUGGUUUCUGAUCGGAAGGCCAAACGGUGCAGGCGAGGUUUGGGAAUUUCUAUUGCUGGACAACAAUACUGGUCGACUGCUAGAAAGAGGUGGCAAGCGUAUUGUUCAAAGAAAGCUCCCGCCCUCUUGGUCAGCGAGCCAAUACCCUCAAAGUCAACUAGGUUCCGAACAAGCUCAGUACACGCCAUCUGGAGAUGGGAUCAUCUUCUCUCGCAACAUCAAAGAUGACAUGAGUGGAAAAUUCUCAUAUAACAAAGAUGUGCACGCUUGUAUCAACGCCGUCUUCAUCCUCAAUACCACGACUGGACGUACGAGUGAAGUUGUCGCCGCUACUCAGAGUGAGCCAAAUAAGCCAGCGAGUCCUGGUGGAGCGAACAUGCCCAGGCUAUCAUCCGAUGGGAUGACCUUGGCGUUCGUCCGUCGCAGCGGGGAGAAGGAAGUUUUGGCUUUGAAGGACAUGCGCUCCGGUACAGUGCACUACGUUUGGGACGGACUCUCAUACGAUUUGAGCACCAUCCCGGCAUUCAUGGGUGCGUAUCCGAAUUAUGGGUGGGCAGACAAUGACACGUCGAUCAUCAUCUGGUCCCAGGGGAAGAUUUGGAAGAUCCGCAUUGGCAUAAACGCAUUAGAGGAACGAAUUGCUGCGGGCGAUGCACGUCAACUCCCGUUUUCUGCGACGAUCGAUCUUGCUCAACAAGAUUCUCAGAGACGAAAAUAA